AUGGAGUUCAUGACCCGGGCACUUUCCCAAAUUUUCCCACCGACACCGGCAUUCACAGAAAAAGACCUCCCGGAUCUCUUCCCCAAGGUCUACAUCGUCACCGGGGGAGCCUCCGGCGUAGGAAAAGAGCUCUGCAAGGUGAAUGCGUACCAUCCUGCUGUUCCCGAGAUUCCUAUUGACGCCAGAGUACCGUGCGAUAGAUACUCUACAGCAAGUCUGCUACCGUCUAUCUUGCCGGGCGCAAUCAGAAAAAUGCCGACGACGCCAUCUCUUGGAUCAAAUCCGAAGUCCCCGACUCAAACGGAAGACUCAAGUUCUUGGAUUUGGAUUUGAACGAUCUGUCUACCAUCAAGGACUCUGCGCAAGCCUUCCUCGCGAAGGAGAGUCGCUUAGAUGUUGUUUGGCAUAACGCUGGCGUUAUGAUGCCGCCGAGCGGGUCCAAGACCAAACAAGGCUACGAAUUGCAAUUAGGAACGAACGUGGUAGCCCCGUGGUUGUUCCAGAGCUUUCUUACUCCGUUGAUGCAGCAGACGGCUGCGCUGCCGGGCACGCCAAAGGAUAGUGUUCGCGUUAUUUGGGUAAAUAUGAUUCCUUCGAUUUAUUGAUUUUCAACCGAUUAACAAGCAAUCGCAGGUGUCGUCUGGCGCAAGUAAUGCUUCUCCUGCCCCUGGCGGGAUCAACUGGCCCGACAUCAAUUUCGAGAACGUCGGCUGGGGCAUCCCUAGGCUGUUCACUCUGAAACCCGAAAUAUACGGUCAGAGUAAAGCGGCGAACAUCAUUCUAGGAGCCGAGGCAGUUAAGAGAUGGAGCGGAUCAGGGAUCCUCUCCGUUUCUCUCAAUCCGGGAAACUUGAGAACAGCUCUAAUAAGGCAUAUCUCUGGGAGAUUCCUAACCCCGAUAAUUGUAUAACCCCUCCUCAUUCCCCCACCUCUCACCAUCCCCCACUAAAUUGUGGCAAAUCCACAGCACUCGGUGCUUUACGAACCGUACUACGGUGCCCUAACGGAGCUUUUCGCUGGCCUAUCACCACAAGUCGACGGGUCGCGCAACGGCGCAUAUAUCAUCCCCUGGGGCAGAUUUGGUAAUCCGAGAAGUGAUAUCGAGAGUGGCUGUGGUGAGAAUGGCCCGAAAUUGUGGGCUUGGAUAGAGAGUGAAUGCAGGGAGUUUAUGUGAAGGAUUCAUUAGUCCUCCCUUACCCAUAACUUGCAUCGCGCCAAUAUAUUUAGCUCCCUUUUUUCCUC